AUGCCAAAUUACAGCCAUGAUGAUUUAACCAAGUCUGUAUGGGAUGACGAGGUUAUAGAAAAGGAUUCGAUAGAAUAUAAAUAUAAGAAUUUUGCUAAUAUUAAUGAAAGUCCCCAAAGUAAUAUGAUCUAUUCCGAGUUAGCAGAUACAUUAAAUGUAUUAGAUAUCAAACAUGAUCCAGAUCCAGAAAAUAGUUCUGUGAAAUUGGAGUCUAAUCCUUUUGAGCAAAUUUUUGAAACUAAAGUGGAAACUGUUGUCGACAAUUCUAGGACACAGAAUAUCAAUAUAUGGGGUGACCCAUUUAAAAUGAAUACCCAAGAUUCUGCCAAAGUGUUUGACUACGACACUGCAAUGAGUACCUUAACAGAAAUAAAUGACGACGAAGGUACUAUAUAUGAACAAACGGUAACAAAUAAUGGACUGAGAUCCGAUGGUUUACUAUUUAGUAAUGUCUCACCUGUUAAGUUAGGAAUUAAAGAAAAUAGCGAUAAACCAGAAGAAAUAAUUUCACCUACUAAACAAAGCAUAAAAGGGAAGCUUUUAUAUAAGAAUAAAAGAAUACCCAGAAAGACUGAGGUUAAUAGUAUACCGACGUUUGAUCCUUUAUCAAUUAUGCAUGCAGCAUCAACUUCGUUGCCAGACAAGUUAAACGAAACUACAUCAGGAAAACAAUCUUUCAAUCAAGCCUCAAUUAAAAACUUGAAAGGUUCUCUUGUAAAUAAUGAUACUAUAGAAAUUGAUGAAAGCAAUACAGAGUCAGAAAAUGCUGCAACAAUUGGCAACACACUAAAAGAUUUAAAUCCUUUAAAACCAUUUACAAUAAAAGUAACCAAUCCUGAAAAGACAAGCGACUUAGGCUCAACUUAUAUAAAAUAUUGCAUUACAUCCGAGUCUGAACUGCUUGAAAAUACCACUGUUGAAGUAUUUAGAAGAUAUUCAGAUAUUAGAUGGCUAUAUCGCCAACUCCAGUAUAAUCAUUGGGGGAAGAUAAUUCCUGUACCUCCAGAAAAACAAGUUAUUGGUAGAUUUGAACAACACUUUAUUGAGAGUAGAAGAAAACAAAUAGAGAUUAUGUUAAAUAAAAUAGCGAAUGAUCCUGAACUACAAAAUGAUACAACUUUUCAUAUGUUUUUGACUUCAAUUGAUAUUGUUAAUGAAAGAAGAAAUAUGGAGAUUGAAACUGGUUCCAAUGCUUCAAAUGACAGUAAUAACUUAUCAGAAGUUCACAUAGGUGAAGUUAAACUGCUGGGAAAAGAAGAUGGACUUGAAGUAAUACGGCAAGGCGGUUUGGAUAAAAAUUAUAAACCAUCGUUAAUAAAUCUUUCUUUCAAUGUUGCACCAAAGUAUAACGAAACUAAUGAAUAUUUUAAAAGAUGUAAAGAGCGCUUUUCAAAUACAGAAUUGAAGUUAGAAAAAUUAAUUAAUGAAUUAGAGAAGAUCAUUCUGGAAAACGCUAACACUGUUGAGUCUAUUCAUCAAUUCACAAAAAUGAUUUCAACUUUUAUACCGGAAGAUGAUAGUGAUUUUUCAGAGUUAUUACGGAAUUUUCAAGAGGUUAAUAAAGAUAUUUGCAAAGUUUCGUCGUAUUUUAACAAUACAUCGGUAUCUGAAUUAAUGUUUGAAUUGAUAGCAUAUAAACAGUCUUUAUCAAGCGCAAAUGCUAUAUUAAACCAAAGGAAUCAAAUAGGCUAUUUUAUCGUCAUACUUAAUAAAGAACUCAAAAAGGUUGAAGAUAAUAUCAGAUCACUAAAAAACAGCUCUUUAACGACAGAUGAUAAUCCAAGAAUCCAAGAAUUAAAUGCUAAGAAAAGUCUCACAACAACAAGGUUAAAUAAAAUAAAACGACACUUCAUUAAUCUUGAAAAAAUUUCAAAAACAGAAAUUAGAGCUUUUGAUAUGAUGUAUGCCACGGAAAAUAUGGAUAAAAUUACAACUUAUAUCGAAUUAUCAAUAGGUUGCCAACAAAAAGUCAUUGAACUUUGGCAGACUUUCUAUAAAAAUAAUUUGUAG